AUGGCGAUCAUCAAGGGGCCGCUAUUUCCCUACCGCGACAUCAACGUUCAGUUCGCGGACAGCGCCUACACCUUUUCCUCGCCGUCUUCUCCCGAUGCUCCCUCGCUCGUCAUCGAACGGCCUACGGGCGACAUCCAUUUGGCCUAUGGCGCUCCCAGCCAUGCCCCCAGGCCUUACCAGGUUAUGAGCAUCAAUGGGAUUCUGGGUAUCGUUCAGCUCCGGCUCGAUAAAUACAUUAUCGUGAUCACGAAAUCGCAGCCCGUGGGCCGGCUCAAGGGCCACAUGGUCUACCGGGUGGUCUCGACUCAAAUCCUCCCUAUGCGCCGGAAGCAGAUUCGGGAUCCCGACGAAGAUGCCUUCAUGGCCCUGCUGCAAGCCUCCCUCAAGAACGGGCCCAUGUACUUUUCCUACUCGAUCGACUUGACGAACCCGUUCCAGCGCCAGUCCCAGGCCGAUACCACGCAGCCUCUGUGGAAGAGGGCCGACGACAGGUUCUUUUGGAACAGGUUUGUCCAGUCGGACCUGAUUGAAUUCCGAACCGGUGGUGCCCGACUCUACCCUGGCCCGCACCCGGACAUUGAUCCCUUCAUUCUUCCCGUGAUCUUUGGCAUGCUCGAGAUCCGGCCGACCGUUUUCAAGGGCACGUCCAUCACCCUCGCCCUCAUCACCAGGCGGUCCCGGCACCGAGGCGGAACCCGCUUCUUCACGCGCGGACUCGACGACGAGGGCCACGCGGCCAACUACAACGAGACGGAGCAGAUUCUAAUUAUCAAUGACAAGAGCGCCACCGGCAUCAGCGGCUUCUCGGGCGGCACCCGAGGUAGCGUACCGUCGUUCUGGGCGGAAAUCAACACGCUCAAGUAUACGCCCAAGAUCCAGGUACGAGGCAUCGAGACGGCGGUGCCGUCGGCGAAGAAGCAUUUUGACGAGCAGAUCCGGAUCUACGGCGACAACUACCUGAUCAACUUGGUCAACAAGAGCGGGCGAGAGGCCGCGGUCAAGGAGUCGUACGAAAAAGUGGUGCAGAUCCUCAUGUCCUCGCCGGCGGGACAGAUCGAGAAGGACAACUUGACGCGGGAAAAGUACCAUAUUGUCGAGCCCACCAAGUCGCGGACCGAAUUCGACAGGCUUCACUACGUCUUCUUCGAUUUCCACAGCGAAACCAAGGGUGCCCGGCUGCACCGCGCCGCGGUGCUCCUCGAGCGGCUCGAGAACGCGCUCCAGGACCAGGGCUACUUCCGAGGGGUCGACAUGCCCGCGACCAACGACGGGCGCCUGGAAGCGCGCAGCCUGCAAAGCAGCGUGAUGAGGACGAACUGCAUGGACUGCCUGGACCGGACCAACGUGGUGCAGAGCUUGUUCGCGCGCUACACGCUGAACCGGCAGUUCAUCGACCUGGGCAUCAUGGCGCCCGGGCUCAACUUCAAGGAAGAGGACCCGGCGUUCGAGUUCCUGUUCCGCAACCUCUGGGCGGACAACGCCGACACGGUAUCGUCGUCGUACUCGGGCACAGGUGCCAUGAAGACGGACAUGACGCGUUUGGGUAUGCGCACGACGGCGGGCAAGCUCCAGGACGGUCGGGUCGGCGUCACGCGCUACUUCCUCAACAACUUCAUGGACGGACCUCGGCAGGACUCGUACGACCUGUUCCUAGGCGUGUACCUGCCCGGACGAGCGCAGAUUGGGGCGAACCCGGCGUUUGCGGAUCGCCGGCCGGUGGUGAUCCAGGCGAUGCCGUAUAUCUUGGCGUUUAGCAUCUUUGUGGUGCUAUUUGCUGCGUUUGUGCCGCGGGACCCGGGGGCCUUUGCCAUGUCGAGGCGGGGUGCGGUGAUCCUGUUCCUAGCCAUCGCAGCAUACUGCUUCCGGUUCAUUUUUGCCCACGGAAUGCUCUACGUCAACUGGCCCAAACUGUCUCCCCGGCCGUACGCGGUAGAGGGCUUCAACGAGCAAAUCCUCAAGGCGAGAAAGGACCCUGUGGUUGGGUCGCUUCUGGCGCGGCAAGGCCAGCACGAGCGCGGCUCGAGCAUCGCGCAGUACAGGCGGGCCGAAGAGGGUAGCAAAGAGGAUUAG